GCAGGACUUGGAGGGGUGGGCAGGUGAGGGACCCGAAAGGGGUCAGCAGGUGUCCCUGGGCACCCUGCUGCUUUAGCCCAGGUGGGGUCCUCUCUCCCUAACUGGGUCCUCCUCCCACCUGCUGCUAUCUUCAGGGGUCUUGAGGUGCCUUCCCAGCACCCCUGCACAGUUGGCACUGGGAUGAGGCACUUGCCUGUAGUAGCCGGCUCCUUUCCCUCCUGUCCCCUCCAUCCCCAGGCUGCCUGCCUCCUGGGCCAGGGCCACACCUCAGCAUUGGCUGCUUGUACCCUGUCUGAUCAAAGCAAUGCCCAGCCCUCCAACCCUAGGCUGCACCUGUCUGUUCCUGACCCCUCCCCAUGGCACCUCUCUCUCUUGCCGAAUCCUGGUCAUCUUCCAUAUUUCAGAUGCUGUGACCUCACAUGCACUGUCACGUUUAUGUGUGCAGCAGCCUUGUUGGCAGGAAUGAGAAACUGAGGCUCAGGGAAGUUAGCUAACUUGCCCAGGGGCACAGGCUUUGGAAGUGCAGGAGCAGAGGGCAUUGAGGCCAUCAGAGUAAAAGCUGUUUCCCAGGUGCCGAUUAGGACCUAGCUCCCUCCUGAGGGCCUUGCCCUGCCCUCAGCUGCCCACUGUCCCACCAGGUCCUUGGCUGGACCCCGCUCCUGGGGGCAGGCCCCAGGGACCCGAGAGUGGGAGAUGCGCUGCCAACUAGUCAGGGUAGCCAACCUCCUGAGGCUGUUUCAGAUCCCACAGAUCAGCUAUGCAUCCACCAGUGCCAAGCUGAGUGACAAGUCCCGCUAUGACUACUUUGCCCGCACGGUGCCCCCUGACUUCUUCCAAGCCAAGGCCAUGGCCGAGAUUCUCCGCUUCUUCAACUGGACCUACGUGUCCACAGUGGCAUCUGAGGGCGAUUACGGGGAGACAGGCAUUGAGGCCUUUGAGCUGGAGGCCCGUGCCCGUAACAUCUGCGUGGCCACCUCGGAGAAGGUGGGCCGUGCCAUGAGCCGUGCUGCUUUUGAGAGCGUGGUGCGAGCCCUGCUGCAGAAGCCCAGUGCGCGCGUGGCCGUCCUGUUCACCCGGUCUGAGGAUGCCCGCGAGCUCCUCGCUGCCACCCAGCGCCUCAACGCCAGCUUCACCUGGGUGGCCAGCGAUGGCUGGGGGGCCCUGGAGAGUGUGGUGGCAGGCAGCGAGGGGGCUGCUGAAGGCGCCAUCACCAUCGAGCUGGCCUCCUAUCCUAUCAGUGAUUUUGCCUCCUACUUCCGGAGCCUGGACCCCUGGAACAACAGCCGGAACCCCUGGUUCCGUGAGUUCUGGGAGCAGAGGUUCCGCUGCAGCUUCCGGCAGUGGGACUGUGCAGCCCACUCGCUGUGGGCUGUGCCUUUUGAGCAGGAGUCCAAGAUCAUGUUUGUGGUGAAUGCAGUGUAUGCUAUGGCCCAUGCACUGCACAACAUGCGCCGGGCCCUCUGCCCCAACACCACCAGCCUCUGUGAUGCAAUGCAGCCUGUCAGCGGGCGCCGCCUCUACAAGGACUUCGUGCUCAAUGUCAAGUUCGAUGCCCCCUUCCGCCCAGCUGACACCCACAACGAGGUCCGCUUUGACCGCUUCGGGGACGGUAUUGGUCGCUACAACAUCUUCACCUACCUGCGGGCAGGCAGCGGGCGCUACCGCUACCAGAAGGUAGGCUACUGGGCAGAAGGCCUGACACUGGACACCACCCUCAUCCCGUGGGCCUCGUCCUCAGCCGGGCCGCUGCCCACCUCUCGCUGCAGCGAGCCCUGCCUCCAGAAUGAGGUGAAGAGCGUUCAGCCUGGGGAAGUGUGCUGCUGGCUCUGCAUCCCCUGUCAGCCCUAUGAGUACCGGCGGGAUGAGUUCACCUGUGCCGACUGCGGCCUGGGCUACUGGCCCAACGCCAGCCUGACCGGCUGCUUCGAGCUGCCCCAGGAGUACAUCCGCUGGGGUGAUGCCUGGGCCCUGGGGCCCGUCACCAUCGCCUGCCUAGGCGCCCUGGCCACCCUCUUUGUGCUGGGUGUGUUCGUGCGGCACAACGCCACACCAGUGGUCAAGGCCUCUGGCCGGGAGCUCUGCUAUAUCCUGCUGGGUGGCGUCUUCCUCUGCUACUGCAUGACCUUUGUCCUCAUCGCCAAGCCGUCCACAGCCGUGUGCACCUUACGGCGCCUUGGUCUGGGCACCGCCUUCUCCGUCUGCUACUCAGCCCUGCUCACCAAGACCAACCGCAUAGCACGCAUCUUUGGGGGGGCCCGGGAGGGAGCCCAGCGGCCACGUUUCAUCAGUCCUGCCUCGCAGGUGGCCAUUUGCUUGGCGCUUAUCUCGGGCCAGCUGCUCAUCGUGGCCGCCUGGCUGGUGGUGGAGGCACCAGGCACAGGCAAGGAGACGGCCCCUGAGCGGCGGGAGGUUGUGACAUUGCGCUGCAACCAUCGAGACGCAAGCAUGCUGGGCUCACUGGCCUACAAUGUGCUCCUUAUUGCACUCUGCACACUCUAUGCUUUCAAGACCCGUAAGUGCCCCGAGAACUUCAACGAGGCCAAGUUCAUUGGCUUCACCAUGUACACCACCUGCAUCAUCUGGCUGGCCUUCCUGCCCAUCUUCUAUGUCACCUCCAGUGACUACCGGGUGCAGACCACCACCAUGUGUGUGUCCGUCAGCCUCAGCGGCUCCGUGGUGCUCGGCUGCCUGUUUGCGCCCAAGCUGCACAUCAUCCUCUUCCAGCCGCAGAAGAACGUGGUGAGCCACCGUGCGCCCACCAGCCGCUUCAGCACUGCCACCAGGGCCAGCUCCAGCCUCGGCCAAGGGUCUGGCUCCCAGUUUGUCCCCGCCGUUUGCAACGGCCGCGAAGUCGUGGACUCAACAACAUCAUCGCUCUGAGGACCCCACACUCCUGUCUGCCCUGGUUGCUCCCUGGAACCGGUGCCGACCUGCAUCCAGGGCCACGAGGAAGCUGGCUGGAGCACUGCAAUAAUGCCAACCCCAUGCCGCCCCAAAGCCGCUUUCCGCCCUACUUACUCCCACCCUCAGAGCCAGAUGUCCGAGUCCUUGGCCUGGUGCCUCUGCAGCAGCCACCAGCUGCCCUUGCAGCGGCACCCCUCCUUGCUGGCCAGGACUCGGGAAGGGGCAAGCCAGGGUCACUCUGCCCUGGAACAGGGCAGCCAGGACUCCCAGCCCCCAGCCCUAGUCAGCCAAGGUGCUUCCAGCCCUGCCCUCCCUCCUCCUAGGGCCUUUUAAAUUUUUUACGUAAGUUAUUCUGGGAUGGGGAGGGGGUUAUUGUGGGUGGGGGAGCUGUCCCUCCCCCCUGCACAGUAGCUUGUCCUGUGGUUUAUUUUGUAUUAUCUGCAAAUAAAGUCUUUAUUUAAAAAAUCACUCUUUGCCCCUGACCCAGGGAAG